UGUGUUUGUUCUAUAAUUGAACGACAACAUCUGUUAACACAGACUGUAUCUAGUUAACCAUCUUAAUCUUCAACUUCCUAAUUCUCAAAACUCCUUCAUAAUCCCCCAUCUUUCACAUCUCCAUAACCUUGUAAGCCUCCUAUCUAAAGAGAUAUAUUAUUAUUUUUCUUGUAAUCUUCAUUGUCUCUUAAUAAUGGGAGGUAACAAUUCCAGGUUGAUUAAUCCGAAUAGUGGAGAUGCAUUGCCUGCAAAGAUUCGUCCUGUUCUCGGACAAAGAAUUGAAGAGUUUAGAAAACGUAGGAGUAAUGUGCAAGGAGAAGACACUGAUCUUUCGAAGAAAGAGCUUUUGAAGGACAAUAAUGGAAGCUUUGAUGAGAAGUCUUCUUAUCAAAAUGAAGUUUCGGAAGAAACUCAAUCGCAGAAAGAACAGCCAACGGUCAUACGUGCGGUAGCCGUUGAAAAACUCUCUCAAGUUGUUCCAUUGCCCGUUUCUGAAUGCGGAAAUGUGGAAGAGAAGAAAGAGAAAGAGGAGGAGGAGCGUAACGGACAGAUAGAAACAGCUGAAGUAUCUAUACAAGAAAAUAUAUAUAAAAAACCUAAUGCAAAACACGACGAAGAGGAAGAAGAAGACGACGAGGAAGAAGAAGAGGAGGAUGAUAUUGGAAGACGUAUAGGUCCUGGAUCGCCGAGUUUUAAAAUAUAUUGCGUUGAGAGCGACGAGAAAAAAGAACAAGAAUUAAAUGACACAAAUGCAGGCCGCGAGCAAAUACUGGAGAAAGAGGAUGAAAACAUUGCCGUGCACAACAAGUCACAAAGUACAGACAGCGACGGAAGCGAGACAUCUGAAUCGGAGAUCGCAAGCAACUCAAACGAGGUCGUUAAAGAAACGACUCCAAAGAAAAAAGGACAUCAUAAGAGAAAGAAGCUUGAGGCAAUGAAGAAAAAUCUACUUAAUGUUAAGAAUCUACAGAAGAACAGAAUGAACCGAAUGAUGGGUUGCGCGGGCAAUGACAGAAGAAGUCUUCUUCCGGAUGAUUGAUUUAGAACGCAUUAGAUGCUGCUAGAAAAAAUAUUGAAGACACAGCUUAAUGAUAUAAUGACUAACUAGAACUAAGAGUUCUUCUUUGUUUGGGAUUUUCUAGGCAUCUUUUUGUUCAAUUUCUUCUGAAUCAAGAUAUACUGGUGUAGCUAGAUAUGUGGAAUAUUAUUAGAAUGAAACCAGAUUGCCUUUGUAAAGUACUAUUGAACUGUUAUUCAUA